GGAAGCCUAUGGACGCCAUAGUGUUUCAAUGGGGGAAGUCGCGGGCAGUACCCUUGCGCCAAAAUUCCUAUCUCUUUUCUCAUGCGUUUUCCGCUAAUUGUGGCCCGGCAGAGUUGUAGACGAAGGACGAAGCUUUCUAACGAAUCUUUUUCCGGUGUGACUGUGCCUUUUCUUCACGCCCGGAAAAAAUUUUGAAAACGGGCGUUUGGUGCCUGCCUUUGUUGGCGGGCGUUCCAUGCUUUUGCUAUGGACGCGCAUUGAAAACCCAAGGGCCUAGUGUUUUCUAUGGGACGGCCGUAGCAAUGCAAAUCCCGUGUGAUCCCUGCUACGGUCGGCUUUGAGUUCCGUGGCCAGGGGGAUCCGAGCCUAGCGAGUGUUAGCAGCGGAAGCCAUGAUAACGUCCAAGGGCAUUUUUCGACGGGGCUUUCAUUGAUGAAGACGCGGAUUUCUUCCCGGUCUUCGCUAUUUUCAGUGCUUGCGACUGCCCCGGCGGCUUCCAUUACGCAGCCUACAGACGCGCCGCUCGCUCACGUCAGCCAGGUGUUGCAGCAGUUCGUUCUUUGCGAGGAAACCCCGUACCGGCCUGAAGAUUGCGAGGAAAAUGGGCAAGGGCGACAAGCCGCGCGGGCGCAUGUCGGCGUACGCCUUCUUCGUGCAGACCUGCCGCGAAGAGCACAAGAAGAAGCACCCCAGCGAGAACGUGGUCUUCGCCGAGUUCUCUAAGAAGUGCGCCGAGCGCUGGAAGACGAUGAGCGAGGGCGAGAAGAAGCGCUUCCACCAGAUGGCCGACAAGGACAAGAAGCGCUUCGACUCCGAGAUGGCCGACUACAAGCCACCCAAGGGUGAGAAGUCCAAGAAGCGCAAGCGCACCAAGGACCCCAAUGCCCCCAAGAGGCCCCUGUCAGCCUUCUUCUGGUUCUGUAACGACGAAAGGCCCAACGUGCGCCAGGAAAGCCCCGACGCUUCGGUGGGCGAGGUGGCCAAGGAGCUGGGGCGCCGGUGGAACGACGUCGGCGACGACACCAAGUCGAAGUAUGAAGGCCUGGCUGCUAAGGACAAGGCGCGUUACGAAAAGGAGCUGAAGGCGUACAAGAACAAGAAGACCAAGGGCGCCUCUCCCCCGAAGGAGAAGGGCAAGAAGAAGGACGAGGAUGAAGAUGACGACGAUGAUGCCGAAGAAGAGGAGGAGGAAGCCGAGGAAGAAGAUGACGAAGACGAUGAGUGAUGUUGACGGGGGUUCCCGGGCGCGAUCCUUCAGACGGGUUUUUUUGUUUUGCCACAUUCUUUCUUUGUUGUCCCCGUGUCACUUUUUUUUCUCUUGUCGUUAGCACCAGGGUUUUUUGUCCCUUCCACCGCCCUCUUCCCCGUGCGAGCCGCGUUUUUGUUUUUGUGUUCUCCAGUGUAGCUAGGGGGUGGACUAACAGACUGUUUGGGUCUACGGGGGCAGUUUUGUGCGAGGGUUGUCCCCCCUCGUCGUCGCAUUCUUGGGACGAGAGCUCGGCUCUUCGGGCUUGUACAUAAGACACCAAUGUUCUGUCCCGGGAGGCCGGGGCACAGCUCUGGAGCCGGUGCCACACACACUUAUUUUUUUUAUUUUUUUUGUGCUCCGUUUGCAGUCGUUCAUUUCUUCAUACCUCAUUGACAGUAAAUAUAUUCAAGUACUUUUUGCUCAUUCUUCAUUGCUAUUGGAGGACGACGCUCAUUUUAGUGGCAUCAUUUAUUUUUUGUAUUGGAUGGACCCUAAUAAAAACGUUUAGAAUA